UUCGCAUAGCCGUGAAGCGCCUGCCUGCUUUGGAAAUAAUAUUCAGCCCGCGAAUAGGGGGAUAAGAGUUGACGACGAGUGGGAGACGAUUUUCGACAUUGGCUCGAUCGAACCCUCCGGGGCGAACGAGAUAAAGCCAAUAAGAAAAACAACGAGUUUUUCGAACCAAUCCCUCGAGCGUGGAAUGUAGUGGGGAGCAAAGAGAACGAAGAAAAUCCGCGUGGCCGGCCCGUUGAGCCGGGCAUUAGCAGGCAAGCGUCAGAACUGCGAUCAUGGCUGGAUUGAAAACCGGUAAACUCAUUAUCGAGGGUAAAACGAAGCAAGUUUUCGAGCUUGUGGACGAUCCGACGUUGUGCCUUCUCCAGAGCAAAGAUCGUAUAACAGCUGGAGAUGGUGUCAAAUCUCACGCGCUCGAGGGCAAAGCCGCAAUCAGUACGGCCACCACGGCUAAAGUAUUCCAACUUUUGAAUCAAGCUGGACUUAACACUGCUUUUGUCAAAGUUGUCAGUGAAACAGCUUUUGUCGCUAAAAAAUGCGAAAUGGUGCCGAUCGAGUGGGUCACUCGAAGAUUAGCUACCGGAAGCUUUUUGAAAAGACAUCCAGGCGUUCCUGAAGGAUAUCGUUUCAACCCUCCCCUGCAGGAGACCUUUUUCAAAGACGACGCGAAUCACGACCCGCAAUGGUCGGAGCAGCAGAUAAUAUCGGCGGCUUUUAAGCUGAAUGGAGUUGUAAUUGGGAAGGAUGAGGUUGACGUAAUGAGAAGAACAACGCUGACAGUGUUCGAGGUACUCGAGAGAGCCUGGUCGACGAGAGACUGUGCUUUGAUCGACAUGAAGAUCGAAUUCGGAGUAGAUUCGAACGGAGAAAUAAUGGUCGCCGAUAUAAUCGACAGUGAUUCUUGGCGCCUGUGGCCCUCGGGUGAUAAGAGGCUGAUGAAGGACAAGCAAGUUUACAGAAAUUUGGCAACCGUAACUGACGCUGAUCUCAGUACGGUGAAACGCAAUUUCGAAUGGGUCGCCGAACAGCUCGAUUAUUUGGUCCCACCUCCUAGUUCCCUAGUCGUUAUUCUUAUGGGCUCGCCUUCCGACGAAGAGCAUUGCAAGAAAAUAGCGCAUCACGCCAAGUCACUCGGUCUCAACGCGCAACUUCGAGUCAGCAGCGCGCACAAAGCCACGGAAGAAACUUUGCGGAUUCUUGCUGAAUACGAAGGCAGUUCUGAAAAGGUGGUGUUGGUCGCUGUCGCCGGCAGAAGCAACGGUUUGGGUCCAGUUCUCUCCGGCAACACACCGUUCCCGGUCAUCAAUUGCCCUCCAGUCAAGCCGGAUAACGUGGCACAGGACGUUUGGUCUUCUCUCAAUGUUCCAUCGGGUCUCGGUUGCACAACUGUACUUUAUCCUGAGAGCGCGGCCCUCGCAGCUGCCCAAAUUCACGCUCUUCAUGAUCAUAUUGUAUGGUCGCGUCUGCGGGUCAAGCAACUGACGAAUUUCAUCAGCCUCAAGAAAGCUGACGUCAAAUUGCGCAAUUUAUCAAUUUAAUUGAGACUUAUUCGCAACGAAUAAUCAAGCGGAAAAAGAAACUUUUAUACAACUAUUUUUAUACUGUUACAUUCGUUUUAACUGACAUUCGGAAAUCCAAUUUGUUCAUCAAUACAAAUGUUUAUGAUAGCGUUAGUUGUCUACACCAUGCUCUUAUUGUUGCUCGUAGUUUUGUACUGGGUACAAAUUUACAAUAUUCGUUUGUUCCCGACAAGGCAAGUUUUCGAAUAAAAUUUGUCCGGUUCGGCGCAUCCACGGAUAUAAUAAACUUUACUACUCUCCAAGAUUAA